AUGGCAUGUCCCGCGGCGGUCGUGCAAUCCGGUUCCUGUUUCUACCCCUGUAGUCUCGGUCUCUGUCACUACUCGGUCCAGUACGCCCUUGCCGCACGAAACUACGACGCUUCAGGUUCGGAAUCUAUUGGCACUAAUUUAUCAGGCUCUGGGUCUGGCUCGUCUGCUUCUGGCUCUCCUGGUGCCAGCGGUGCCAAUGGUGCUGUCUCUGGCUCAAACAAUAGAGUUAGCUCCGUCCACACUGCUCUUAUCUCUAGCCCAACUUGCCAUGGCACUAACUGCAUGGGAUCCCCUGGAUCACUCACUCCCUUGCCUUCGUCUUCUAUGACCACGGUCCGUGGCCAGUCGGCUACUUCCAUCCCUUACAUCAGUCAAGCGACUGGGACCACGACGAGCCCUUCAGACGGAAGUACUGCAACGCCUCUUUUCAACGGCGCCACAUCUUCAUCGGGCCCUUCACUCAUCCAAUUGAUGAGCUUGGCAAUGACUGCUUUCAUUGCGCUCAUUGUUCAAUGUUAUGAAUAA